CAUGGUGAGAGAGCUUGCAGCCAACUACAGCAUAGUUGGAGAACGACUGUCUUUUUAUGAAGCAUUUACAGCUCAAUCUUUGAACUGUGAUAUGAGCUUGGUAUCUUUUCAUGGAAAGUUGUACUUCUUCAGCUCUAAUAAAAUGGACUGGUCAAGCAGUCGGGCUUUCUGUGUUUCAAAAGGAGCUGAUCUGGUCACCAUAACCAGCCUAACAGAACAGCUGUUUCUGGCCUCUAAAAUUAAAGAUACAUACUGGAUUGGUCUCAAUGAUCUGGACACUGAGGGACUUUGGGUUUGGGUGAAUAACCAAACUCUCAAUGAAACUGGAGUACUGUUUUGGCACGGGAGAGAUUCUGAGAUAAGUGAACCUGAUAACUGGAAAGAAGAGGAUCUUACUGGAGAAAACUGUGCACUUGUGAACAACUAUUUCAACUAUUUAAACAAUUGGUUUGAUAGUUCUUGCAAUUCUAAGAGGAAGUUUAUCUGUGAAAAGAAAUCAUUUACCUCCAUCAGUGAUGCUUAACAAGGUCUAUUAUGUAUAUGCACAGAAAACAAGGCUCUUUUGGAUUUAUUUACUCAUGUCAGAUUAAAAAUGCAUUUUUUUCUCCAGUGAUUGAACUGAAGCUCAGUUAUUAUGUAUCCUGUCAUUUUGAUUUUUAUUUAAGUGCUUAAGUAUCCUUUAUGAAACUGCUGUGCACUCAAAAAAUAUUUAGGCCUAAAUGUAAGAUUCAUAUAUUUGAAUUGCAUAUAAAAUUUCUGCCCAUUUGGCUUACACAUUUUUAACAAACUAAUAAACUUAAUGUGAUGCAUAUUUGUCAGUCAAAUCAUGGCAUCAUUUUUGAAAUGCAUGAAUUCAAAUAGCUGAGAACCAGCACAAACAUGUUCAUUGUGAAAAUUACAUUUAUUCAGUUAAAAAGUAUAAACAUGGUUAAAAUAUGGCUAGCUGUGGAUCAAGCAAUACUCAGUUGGUUACAAUGUAUGAGAUUGAAACCAAUUGGAUUUAUUGAUGAUAAACACAUAAGGUUCAAGGUUCUUUAUUUGUCACCUACAUAUACAUGUGAUGCAAUGUAGUGAAAUGAUUUUUCCAUAGUUUCUCAUCCCACAAUGCAAAAAUACUAACAACAAUAAUAUAA